UCUCGCUGAAGGGAAGAACUUGAAAUCUUCAUCGAGAAGACUACAUAUAUAUAUAUAUAUAUAUAUAAUAAACCAAAUCCAAAUCCAAAUCCAAAUCCAGUUCCUUUUCCCAAUCGGAAAAUCUAAUUCCCCUCUUUGGAAAAUCGAAUUUUCGCAGACAAACCUCGAUCAAUCAUCGUUCCCAAAUCUCCCAAUUCUGACUCUGUAUCUCCUAAUCAUCUCCGCCUAGGGCUUUUUUCAUUUCACAUCAGAUUGGUCUCUUAGACUCGAAGUUUUGAGAAGCCUCAUCACUUGUUUUACUGUAGAGGCUGAUGGGCUUAUAAAGGAUAUGACAUUAAUUACAGAUUAUACUGGUGAUGUGGAUUACAUUACAAAUCGGAAACAUGAUGAUUGUGAUAGUAUGAUGACCCUUCUUCUAGCAAACGACCCAUUUAACAACCUUCUUAUCUGUCCUGAUAAACGUAGAAACAUUGCUCGCUUUAUUAAUGGCGUUAACAAUCAUACUUUGAAGGGUAGGAAGAAGCAGAAUCUUAAAUGGGUGAGGUACAAUGUAAAUGGUGAAUGUCAGGUCCCUUUGGUUGCGACUUGUGAUAUUGCCAAGGGGGAGAGGCUAUAUUAUGACUAUAAUGGAUAUGAGCAUGAAUACCCAACCCAUCUUUUUGUCUAAGAUCCACAUAGAUAUUCGUCUAACGAGCUUGCGUAACUGUCAUGCAAUUCCAGAUUCUGAUAGAUCCUUCUGAUGUAUAC